ACAUUGGUUAACAGAUAAUAUGGCAAAGACUGGUUGUGAACGGUGGUCUUAAAUACAGCUGGCUUGAUUUGUCUCAGGUAGUGAUCCUCAGAGGAGCGAUGAAGUAGAGCAGCCAGCACCCCGAGUAGAGCAGGCACUGUGGAAAAAUAGUUGUGACUCAACCAGAACAUUACAAAGUAUGGCCUGGAGGAUUUUCAUCUCAAGGUGCAAGAACAUUCUUAAUGACUGUACACGGCGGCUGCUGAUGGACGAUGUUGGGCCAGAUGUGCUACAGUUAGCGUUAAGGAGGUUGGAGACUAUGCAGAGAAGCCUUCGGUGGGCAAGAGGAAGACUGAUCAAUGUAACUGCAGCAGAUCAACUUCUGCGUGACUUGGCUGAAUUGAUUCAGGAGGUCGAACUGUCUACUCAGCAUGGCCAACAAGGCUGUUUUGGAUACCAGGCACCAGUGGUUUUCAACAGAGGUAGAGGUAGAUCCCUUUACCUUAUCACUCGGGAACAGCUUUCAUUCCUGAAGUCAUGUGGAUUCACUGCACCUCAGAUGGCUGAUAUUUUGAAUGUUUCACUUCGUACAAUUCGAAGACGUCUGCGACAGUAUCAUUUCACCUGUGCAUCAAUGUAUGCGGAACUGACUGACAGUGCCUUGGAUGAACAUGUGCAGGACAUUGUUGCUGGCAAUGAACAAAUUGGUCCUGAGGCUGUCAGAGCCUCCCUGCGAGUACGUGGACUACGUGUACAGCGAAGGAGGGUUCGAGCAAGCAUGUUACGGAUAAAUCCUGGAGCAGCUGCCCUUAGAGCAGUUUUGCGGAGACCAGAACGAAGAACAUUUCAGGUUGCAGGUCCAAACUCAUUGUGGCACAUUGAUGGAAAUCACAAGCUGAUACGGUGGAGGAUAGUCAUUCAUGGGGCUAUUGAUGGAUACAGUCGUCUUGUGGUCUUCCUUCAUGCCUCAAACAACAACAGUAGCAGUACCGUUUUAUCAAGUUUCAUCAGAGCCGUGGUAUCCUAAGGUGUACCCUCGAGGGUCCGGACAGACAGAGGAGGGGAAAACAAUGCUGUCUGCCUGAU